GCGCUCGAUUUUCUUUUCAUUACAUCAUUCGCACCCGUUUUACUUGUAGAAGAUGACGUCAUACGAUCGUGAAGACUAUUAUGACAGUGAUGCUACGCAAUUCAGUGAAUCCGAUGACGAUAAUCUUGAAGGGAAUUUUGGGGUUGAUCCAAUUGAUGGCCUUGAUCAGUGGAUUCCCCCUCUUUUCUAUCUCGCGAAAGGCUCUCUUCAGAGCAUACAGGAUAACAAAAGCAGCCUGGAAAAUGUUUGUUUAGCAUGCUGGGAAAAAGGAAUAUAUCCCCAUCCAUUUUUCAACGGUGGUCUUUGUCACCCAUGCAAACAAAGAUUGUUACAUACAAUGUUUUCAAAAAGUACCGAUGGCUUACACCUCUAUUGCACUGUCUGUGGAUCUAGAUCAAAUGCCUGUGUCAAUUGCACAAGCACCGAUUGCCUUAAAAAGUACUGUGUCAAUUGCUUGAAUAUCUGGACUGAGUGCAGUGACAAGCUAGUAAAUAAAUCUGAAGACUGGAUUUGUUUCCUUUGCCUCCCAGAGCCAGAUCGUUUACUGCAAAGCAAUUAUAAUUGGGCACAAAAGGUUUUAUUCUUUCAUGAACCGCUUUCGGUGUAUAGUCCGAGAGCUUUAUACUGGAAAAAGCAACCACUGCGUGUCUUAUCUCUCUUUGACGGAAUUGGUACUGGUCUGGUGGCAUUACGAAAAUUGGGUAUUGAAGUCGAAGUAUAUUACGCCUCCGAAGUUUUGGCUGCCGCGGCCACCGUCUCCAGGACUAGACUAGGUGGUGUGCUCCAGCACAUCGGCAGCGUAGGGGAAGUAACAGAGAGGCGGCUAGAGGAAAUAGCACCCAUUAACCUGCUUAUCGGAGGCUCCCCCUGCAAUGAUUUCAGUGCCAUUAACCGAUUCCCAAAAGAUUUUUACGACCCAAGAGGUUAUUCGAGAUAUUUCUUUGAUUUCGUCCGAGUUUUGCAUCUCAUGCGAAAGAUCAAUGGACAAUAUCAGCAUCUAUUAUGGCUCUUUGAAAAUGUAGCGUCGAUGCCCCAACAUUAUCGCGACACAAUAUCCAGGCAUUUGGAUUGCCAACCAGCUGUAAUCGAUGCCAAGAAUUUCAGCCCUCAGCUGCGAAGACGCCUCUUUUGGGGCAACAUUCCCGGCCUUUUUACCGUUCAUAACGAACAAGUGACGAUGGAUGGGGAACCCUUGACUCUUGACAAAUCUCUAAUGCCUAACUCUGGCCGUAGUGCUGCCCAAGCCAAGAUCCGAACUCUGACGACCAACACUAAUUCAUUGCUACAAGGAAGGACGGAGAACUGUAAGAGCCGGAAGGAUUUGGCCUCGCUCUUUCCGGUUCGUUUCUCUUUCCAACAAGAUGAGCUACGAAACGCCGAUGUCGAGAACGAUGUUGCUAGACAUUCAAAGAAAGGGAAAAGGGGGAGUGGCAAAAAUGCAACCGAUAAACAUCAGCGUAUGGUAGCGGAUGAAGAUGACAACCAGCAGACGGACGUAUUAUGGCUUCAGGAAAUCGAACAUGUUUUUGGCCUGCCUCGCCAUUUUACUGAUGUCGGAAACAUGUCACGCACUGACCGUCAGAAGCUCUUGGGUCACGCAUGGUCGGUUCCGGUCAUCGUUUCAAUUUUCUCUAAUUUGAAGAGUUACACGGUGUGACUGGCAAGGGUAUCUUUUGUUUUCAAAAACUUGUUGAUUCGCAAGUUUUUAUUUUAAUGUUGAUUUAAGCAGAUAAAGUA